AACAAUACAACAGCAGGGAGGCGAAGCGAAACCAACCGCAGGACAGACAGACAGACAGACGGAGAUCCCCGGAACCCUAACCCUACUAGCCCCUCCCGUCGCCGGCUGCGAUGGCGAUGGACGCGGAGCGGCGGCAGGCGGAGCUGAUCGGCCAGUUCUCCGCGCAGGCGGCGGCGCUCUCCUCGGCUCCCCAGCUGGCGGCGCUCGUGCUCGAGGCCACCUCCCACCCGGCGCUCUUCGCCUUCUCCGAGCUCCUCACCCUCCCCGCCCUCUCCAAGCUCGCUGGCACGCAGUACGCCUCUUCUCUGGACCUGCUCCGCCUCUUCGCCUAUGGCACCCUCAAGGACUACAAGAGUAAUUCUACCACCCUCCCUGCAUUGUUGCCUGAGCAAGCCAGGAAGCUGAAGCAACUCAGUGUGCUAACCUUGGCCGAGUCAACCAAGGUACUACCAUAUGAUCAGCUCAUGCAAGAGUUGGAUGUUUCCAAUGUAAGAGAACUUGAAGAUUUCCUCAUCAAUGAAUGCAUGUACUCGGGUAUUGUCAAAGGCAAAUUGGAUCAGCUGCGGCGGUGCUUUGAGGUGCAAUUUGCAGCUGGAAGGGACCUUACACCUGGUCAGCUAAACAACAUGAUAGAAACCUUGUCGGACUGGUUGGGAACAUCAGAUAGUUUACUACACCAAAUUCAGGAGAAAAUCAAGUGGGCUGACACAACGAGUGAAUUGAACAAGAAACACCAGAAAGAAUUUGAAGACAGAGUGGAAGAAGCCAAAAAGUCAAUCAAGAAGUUGAACAAUGUAAGCAGGCAGACAUUGACUUACGGGGGCAUGACGACUUUCUCUCAGAAUCUGGAGGAAUGAUGGAUUUUGAAGAGGACCGCAUCCGACCAAAAAGGAGGCGACAACCAAUGGCAUAGUUUCACUGAAGUUUUCACCCAUGUCCCUGCUUGCAGAAGUGCGGAUGCUGUUCUUUGAGACAUUUUGUCACCGGAGUUUAGGAGCGUCAAUUAGGGUGCUUCCCUUGAAGCGAGUCUCUGUUGAGAAAACGCUCGUUUUUGGUAUGAGAUGUUACAAGGAGAUGAUUUACCGCCACAUUUAUUUAGUAGCACAAAAGGCAGGUGGGUGACUUAACACUGUAAAGAUUAUGAUCCUUAAAAUUAUUAUUUGGUGACUUACUCGCUCA